AUGACGAAGGAUGAUGUCUUCGAGGGCGUGUCGCCCCAAAAAAGGACUACAGAUACUCCCGAAGAUCCAAUCCGAUCCUCGCUACCCGCAUUACCGGCAGAGUCGGACGACUUGAGUUAUUCCAAAGAAGCAUUUUCGGAGAAGAAGGCCAUUUCCGAUCCGCACGCUGUUGAUACCAGCAGCAACCCAAGUGGACAGGAUGUUGAAGCAGGAGAAGGGCGAUUUGCAGGAGUCAAAGCGCAGGCUCGCCAUUACAAGAAGCUGUAUCUCAAACAUGUCCUUCUGGCUGUCACAUGGCUUCUGUUCACCGGAUGGUGGAUUGCUGGCCUCAUUCUCCACCGGUACGACUUGGGCUGGUUGAUCCCAUUCCUGCUCUACCUCGCCAUCUCGCUCCGGGUAUUCUUCAUUUACGUGCCCAUCCGAAUCUUCUGGCGGCCGGUACAAUAUGUGUGGGGAAUUACUGCCCUCAAAUUUGUGGCUAUGAUUCCGGAAGCCUGGCGAAUUCCAGGUGGUGCUCUCGUGACCAUUGCAACCAUCAUCGUCGGGUCCUUCGCGUCUGCAGAAGCACCAGGGAACACCAGAGAAGACCGCGCUGUGAGCCUUUUCGGGCUGGUAGUUUGUAUCUUUCUACUUUGGGUUACCUCCAGAAACCGAAGAAAGAUUGUCUGGCACACUGUCAUCGUGGGUAUGCUGGUGCAGUUCAUCAUUGCGCUUUUCGUCCUCCGAACCAAAGCUGGUUACGACAUCUUCGACUUCGUCUCGAUGUUGGCUAGAGAGCUGCUCGGCUUUGCCCAGGAGGGUGUGGACUUCCUGACCACUCCCAACUUCAUUGCCACCCACGGCUAUUUCCUGGUCUCGGUUAUCCCCGCCAUCAUCUUCUUCGUCUCUCUCGUCCAGCUGCUCUACUAUUCUGGAGUUCUGCAGUGGGCUAUUCGCAAGAUGGCCGUUUUCUUUUUCUGGUCCAUGCGUGUGUCUGGCGCCGAGGCCGUGGUAGCAGCUGCCUCACCAUUCAUUGGACAGGGAGAGUCUGCUAUGUUGAUCAAGCCCUUCAUCGCCCAUCUUACAAUGGCAGAGAUUCACCAGGUUAUGUGCUCUGGUUUCGCGACCAUUGCAGGAUCCGUCUUGGUUUCCUAUCUGCAGAUGGGAGUCAACCCUCAAGCCCUCAUUUCCUCUUGUGUGAUGAGUAUUCCCGCUUCGCUCGCAGUCUCCAAACUGCGCUGGCCCGAAGAGGAAGAGACUCUCACCGCUGGCCGGGUCAUUAUCCCCGAGGACACGGAUGAGAAGCCCUCCAACAUCCUCGACGCCUUCGCCAAGGGCGCCUGGCUUGGUAUCAAGAUCGCUGGUAUGAUUGCGGCGACUCUGUUGUGUAUCAUUAGUUUGAUCGGACUCAUCGACGGUCUCCUCACCUGGUGGGGUCGGUACUUGAACAUCAACGACCCCACACUUACACUUGACCUGAUCCUCGGCUACAUCUGUUACCCCAUCGCCUUCCUUCUCGGUGUCAGCCGCAACGGUGACCUGCUCAAGGUUGGAAAGCUUAUUGGUCUCAAGCUCGUGGCUAACGAGUUCGUCGCCUACUCCGCUCUCCAGACCGACCCCCAGUACGACGACCUCUCCAAUCGUUCCCGCCUCAUCGCCACAUACGCGCUCUGCGGUUUCGCCAACAUCGGAUCUUUGGGUAACCAAAUUGGUGUGCUUGCUCAGCUUGCGCCCGGCCGGUCUGGCGAUGUUUCCCGCGUCGCCGUCAGUGCGAUGAUCACAGGUGCCAUCAGUACAUUCACUAGUGCAACCAUUGCAGGCAUGCUUAUCCAGAAUGAGCAACAGUUCGUCAACACGACUAGCUAA